CGCUCUUACGGUCGAGUUUCACAUUUGGACCGAACAGCUUUUUCCAUCGGCGGCGAAAGCUUUGCUCCAUUAGAAUCUCAAUCUCCGGCGAAUUAUCGGCGAUCGUAUUUAAAAGCUGAGUUGAAAGCCUUACAGUCAUUCUGCAGCUGAUACUUCAAAAAAGAACAUCAAGAGUUCUGCAGGAAUAACACCAGUGGCUCUUGCAAGAAAUGGAUCCUGGUCGAUAUGGCCCCCAUCAAGGAUGGGAAAAUAACAGCGUAAUUGUGGUUCCUUUCUUAAUCACAUAAUGGAUGAUAAACAAGAAACUAGGGUCAUGUGAUUGUCCAAAACUUUUUCCGGCAUCUCUUAAAGAACAAUGAAUGAAAGCCAUGGGAGAGCUUUGGAGGGUUAUAGAGGAGUUCAGGAGCCAGAUUUCCGGGCUGGUGGUUCUUUUGAUGAUAGGAGGUUUCUAGACGAUAGAUUUUCAAGGGAUGGUGUUUAUCCCCGGGGUGCCUAUCACCGUGAUAUACUGGAAGGAGAGCACUACCCUCAUCCACCAGCAGCAGUUGGGCACUGGCCUCCGACAAGGAGAAGAAGUUAUGAAGAAGUGUACCCUGUGGAGAGGGAUUCCAGAAGGCAUGAGAAGCCGUACGUUGAUUCAUAUCAUGAAAUUCGUGAAGCUGAUAAGUAUCAUGAGAUUAACACAUCCAGAGAUGGUUAUCACAGUUUUGACAACUACCCUGAUGCUGGAUUUGACAGGCCUGCUAGGUACGGGGGACGGGAGCAUGAUGACCCCUAUGAUGAUUAUGACUACAAACAUCGUAUGGCUCACCCCAACAGAGAGGAUAGCCGUGAAAGAGACUAUGAGUACAGUAGAUAUAGUUAUGACUCAGACUAUGAACAAGGCAGUAGGAGAGAUGGUAAUUGGAGACGACGUGAAUCCCACGAGCGUGAACGUGACAAAGAAUCGAGUCGUGAGAGGGAUCCGAGUCCAUAUAGAAGGCAUGAGCGUUCACGUUCUCGUUCUCGAGGUCAUGAUGAUCGCCUGAGGUCAAGAUCUCCUCGAAGUCGAAGUCAUAGUCGCAGUCACAGAGAGGACAGUUAUGAUGAUGGCCGAUACGAUAGAAGUGAGAGACGAAGAGAUCGUGAUGAUAAAAGAUACCAUGACAAUUAUUCUGUGGCUCCUUCAGCGACUGUUGUUGUCAAAGGCCUUUCACAAAAAACUACUGAAGAAGAUUUGUAUCAAAUCCUUGCUGAGUGGGGUCCUCUACGCCAUGUUCGUGUGAUCAAAGAACGAAAUUCUGGCAUUUCUCGUGGAUUUGCUUUUAUUGAUUUCCCUUCCGUGGAUGCGGCCCAAGCAAUGAUGGACAAACUUGGGGAUGAGGGUCUAGUUGUGGAUGGUAGGAAGCUUUUUUUUGAGUACAGUAGCAAGCCAACUGGAGGGCCCGGUGGGCCUGGUGGUCUAGACAGUGCUUCAAGAUCUAACCAUGGUCACCACCGGAGCAUGACUGUUCCAUCUGAUUGGAUGUGUACCAUCUGUGGAUGUGUGAAUUUUGCACGGCGGACAUCUUGCUUUCAGUGUAAUGAGCCACGAACAGAUGAUGCUCCUCCAGCAGACAUGGCAUCAUCCAACUCUAGCUCUCUAGGGAGGAGAGGCGAAGCAGGUCCCACGCAUGUCUUGGUUGUCCGUGGAUUAGAUGAAAAUGCAGACGAGGAGAUGCUUCGUUAUGAAUUUUCCAAACAUGCUCCUAUUAAGGAUCUUCGUCUUGUCAGAGACAAGUUCACUCACGUCUCAAGGGGAUUUGCUUUUGUGCACUUCUAUUCGGUGGAGGAAGCUACUAAAGCUCUUGAAGCAACAAAUGGGACAACUUUAGAGAAGAAUGGGCAGCUUCUUAGAGUUGCGUAUGCAAAAAGUAUCCUAGGACCAGGAUCUGGUGCUUCUCAGGCUAGCAGCCUUGCUGCUGCUGCUAUUGAAGCAGCAACUUUUUCUCAACAGUAUGAUGCUGUUGGAUGGGCACCAAAAGAGUAUAAUCCUGAUGAUAAACUGUCCACCGGUGGACAAGAGCACAGUGGAGAAGUUGCUGGUCAAAAUUCUGCUCCACAAUCAGGAUUUGUCUGGGAUGAAGCCUCUGGCUAUUAUUAUGAUGCGACUUCUGGUUUCUAUUAUGAUGGAAAUACAGGGUUGUAUUAUGACGGUAACAAUGGAAUCUGGUAUACUUAUGAUCAGAAGACUCAGCAAUAUUUACCCUGCACGAAUCAGAAUGAAAACAAACCAGCAGCAGGACAAACUGAAACUGCCAAGUCAUCUGAUGGCUCAAACACUAAGAAAGUCGUUAUAUCUGCACCAGCUUCUACAAUAGCUGGUGAGAAGGCUGCCUCACUGCCGGAUGCUAUUCAGGCUGCUGCCUCUGCAGCAAUAGCUGCUGAAAAGAAAGAGAAGGAGAAGGCAAAAGAGAUAAAACUUGCAUCAAAAAGCAGCAUCCUUGCGAAUAAGAAGAAAAUGAGUAAUGUAUUGUCAAUGUGGAAGCAAAGAAGUCAUGAAGGUCAAGCCCCCCGUGUGGCUCUUGAAGACAGCCAGACAGUGGGUGAAGACAGAUCUAACUCAGUAGGUCCCGCUGUAAAGACUAAGUUAAAAGCUGAGCCCUUGACAGCUAGAGAGAAUCCUACCGCCAGUUCAGUACUUGUAGGAAGCUCAACUUUUCAAUCUGUGAGUUCCGAGACUCAGGAUAGGCCUAGGUCUCUUACUAACAGCUCUGGGGGCACUCUGAAGGGCGUCAUAAGAGGUUCUGGUUUAGGAGUGGUGAAAUCGAAUACUCUAUACACAGGAUCAUCUGGAAGUGCAUCCACGUCACACACCAUGCCACCAACCUCAGGUCCAUCUUCAUUAAUAAACGCAGAUGCCUCUGCAGCACCCUUUAGGACAGAUGCAUCGGCAUUGGGUUCUUAUACACCCCCAGUACCAGCUGGUAGUAAAAGAAGGUUCUCAGAGAUGCCAUCACAGCCUCCUCCAUCUAUUAAGGAACAGUCUCAGGCUACAACUGCAUACCGAGAUCGUGCUGCUGAGCGGAGGAGCUUAUAUGGUUCAUCUUCAGCUUUUGGAGAUGAUGCAUCAGAACAUGGAGAUUCAAAUCGGGACUCAACAUUCAGAAGAGGUGUUUUUGAUCCAACUCCUUUCCCCCCUGGUGUUGGAGGUGGACGUAGUGCAGAAGCGAAUAGUCAGAGCUUUGAGGUUAUCACGGCUGACAGGGCUAUAGACGAGAGUAAUGUGGGCAAUCGUAUGCUUCGCAACAUGGGAUGGCAGGAGGGCUUGGGAUUGGGGAAGGAUGGAAGUGGUAUGGUAGAGCCAGUCCAAGCUCAAAGCACUGGACAUAGAGCCGGACUGGGAAGUCAGUCCAAGAAGGUGGACCCAACCCUUGAAGCACAGUCUGGUGACAGUUACAAGACUCUCAUACAAAAAAAGGCUAUUGCUAGGUUCAGAGAGAUGUAAUAAAUGGAGAAGAAAUGUAUAACAACCAUGCCAGGAUUGGGACUGGAGAUGGCGGUUAGAAAUGUUUCCGUUUAGGCUAGUUAGGUAUUUUGUUGGUUUCUUUUUUAGUUUUUCAUUGGUGCCAUUAGAUUCAAGAACUAUUCAAAAAUGUGAUGUAUGAGACUUUAUAUUUCUUUCUGCACUUGCCCUGUAUCCGACGAAUGUUUCGGAGUCUGGAUGUCUCGCUUGUGUACCUGUUUUGCAAUGUAAAAAAGUUCUCUUCAUUGUGA